GAGGUGAGGAAGCAAGUCCGGCAUCGGGACAAGUAUCGGGAGAAGUACUGGGAGAAAUCCCAGAAGCGCUACCGAGAGAGGACAGUGAAGCUGAGGGCCAAGGGCGCGGAGCAGGUGUUAAGGCUCUGCGAGCGGGAAAGGAAGCCUGGGGAGCGGAAGGGUCUUAGGGCGGUGAAUUGUGAGGCGGACAGCGAAGAAGAGGUGGGAAAGCUCCGGCGACCCGCUGUCAGAUUCAGCCUCCACACCAAAUCUCGCCUCCCACCGUUGGCUUCCACUACCUGCUGCCCUUCGGGCAUCAGUGUCGUUAACGAGCUGGCUAAGAUGGGCGACCCGAAUGUCUUCGAAAUGGUGGAGGCGGAAGCAAUAAAUACUUCUAGAGAAGAAGACUCUGAUUUCCAGAUAAUUGAGAGCCUGAGCACCAGCACGGGAGAGACCAGCUUUCUCAUCACAGAACCACGAAAGUUUCCAAAACAUAAACAAAGCAAGGAUUCUAUCUUCCUCCGAGAUGGGAUUAGGCAAAUUGACUUUGUGCUUUCCUAUGUUGAUGACGUAAAAAAAGAUAUGGAACUAAAGAUGGAAAGAAGAAAAGAGUUUCAACUAAAUCUCUGUAAAGCAGGUCUUGAAUUGGAAAUUGAAGACAAACAGGACUCUGAAGAUGGAAAAACUUAUUUUGUCAAGAUCCACGCACCUUGGGAGGUAUUAGCUACUUACGCUGAAGUGUUGGGAAUCAAAAUGCCUGUUAAGGAGAGUGAUAUUCCCCCACCUGAACGAAGCUCCUGGAAUUGUGUGCUUGAACCUCUGAAGCUCCCAAGGAAUGUGAACCAUCCUCAUCCUGAAUAUUUCACUGCUCAGUUCAACAGACAUCGGCAAGAGCUCUUCCUCAUUGAAAAUAAGACAACUUUCUUUCCAUCCUCAUCAAGAAACAGAAUUGUUUACUAUAUUCUCUCACGAUGUCCUUUUGGCACAGAAGAUGGGAAGAAGAGGUUUGGGAUUGAAAGACUGCUAACUUCUAAUACUUAUUUAUCUGCCUACCCACUCCACGAUGGCCAAUAUUGGAAGCCAUCAGAACCUUCCAAUCCUGUCAAUGAAAGGUACAUACUUCACAAGAAUUGGGCUCGGUUUUCCUAUUUUUACAAGGAACAGCCUUUAAAUUUAAUUAGGAGAUACUAUGGAGAAAAAAUUGGCAUCUAUUUUGCCUUUCUUGGAUUUUACACAGAAAUGUUGUCCUUCGCAGCUAUAGUUGGCUUAGCUUGUUUUAUUUACGGCUUAUUAUCAAUGAAAAAUAACCCAAGCAGCCUUGAAAUUUGCGACCCUGAAAUUGGAGGUCAGAUUAUAAUGUGUCCACUCUGUGACCUAGUAUGUGAUUAUUGGAGACUAAAUUCUACAUGUUUGGCCUCAAAGUUCUCCCAUUUAUUUGAUAAUGAGUCAACAGUGUUCUUUGCAAUAUUCAUGGGAAUUUGGGUCACAUUGUUUUUGGAAUUUUGGAAACAGCGACAAGCCAAACUGGAAUAUGAGUGGGACAUGGUGGACUUUGAAGAGGAACAGCAGCAGCAUCAGCUGAGACCUGAAUUUGAAGCUAUGUGUAAACACAGGAAAAUGAAUCCAGUGACUAAGGAGAUGGAACCUCAUAUGCCUCUAUAUAAUCGUAUUCCAUGGUACGUUUUAUCAGGAGCUACAGUGACGUUUUGGAUGUCUCUUGUCAUUGCCUCGAUGGUAGCUGUAAUUGCGUACCGGCUAUCUGUCUACGCUACAGUAGCUAGCUUCAUGGAAAGUGAAACAUCCCUGAAGCCUGUCAGAAGUGUCCUUACUCCCCAGUUGACCACAUCACUCACAGGAUCAUGCUUGAACUUUAUCAUCAUCUUGAUCUUGAAUUUCUUCUAUGAAAAGAUAUCUGUCUGGAUCACAAAAAUGGAAAUUCCUCGAACUCACCAAGAGUAUGAGAGCAGUCUUACCUUGAAAAUGUUCCUGUUUCAGUUUGUAAACUAUUACUCGUCCUGCUUCUAUGUGGCUUUUUUUAAAGGGAAGUUUGUGGGCUAUCCAGGAAAAUACACAUAUCUUUUUAAUGUGUGGAGAAAUGAAGAGUGUGAUCCUGCAGGUUGCUUAAUAGAAUUGACAACACAAUUGACCAUCAUAAUGACUGGAAAACAGAUCUUUGGAAAUUUUAAAGAAGCCAUUUAUCCUUUUAUUUUGAAUUGGUGGAGGCGCCGCAGAUCUCGGACCAACUCUGAGAAACUGUAUAGUCGAUGGGAACAGGAUCAUGACCUUGAAAGUUUCGGAUCCCUUGGGCUAUUCUAUGAGUAUUUAGAAACAGUUAUUCAAUUUGGAUUUGUUACAUUAUUUGUGGCCUCUUUUCCUCUGGCUCCUCUUCUUGCUCUGUUGAAUAAUAUCAUAGAGAUCCGAGUCGAUGCUUGGAAACUGACCACUCAGUACAGGAGACCUGUAGCUGCUAAAGCUCAUAGCAUAGGAGUUUGGCAAGACAUUCUUUACGGAAUGGCUGUCCUGUCUGUUGCAACUAACGCCUUUAUUGUUGCAUUUACAUCGGAUAUCAUUCCACGUUUAGUUUACUACUAUGCCUACGCAACAAAUACCACGGAGCCUUUGAAAGGAUAUAUCAAUAGCAGCCUGUCAGUAUUCCUGAUAUCCGAUUUUCCAAACCGCACUGCACCUUCAGAAAAACGAGGCAUCACCACUUGCAGGUACAGAGAUUAUAGAUAUCCUCCUAAUCAUGACUGGAAAUAUUUUCACAGUAUGCAAUUCUGGCACGUUCUUGCUGCCAAGAUGACCUUCAUCAUAGUUAUGGAACAUGUUGUAUUUUUAUUUAAAUUUUUGUUGGCCUGGAAGAUCCCUGAUGUUCCAAAAGAUGUUAGCGAGAGAAUCAAGCGAGAAAAGUUAAUGACUGUCAAGAUUCUCCACGACUUUGAGCUCAAUAAAUUAAGAGAGAAUUUGGGACUGAAUUCUAAUCUGUUCGCCAAGGAAGUCAUGAUUCAGGAAAACAAGUUACAGCUAGCUAAGUCAACAAUGUAAUCAGCAUGACGAGCAAGCAGCUGAUUCCCAAUCUCAAUUCCUUUUUUACCCCAGGCUUAGGGCCAGGGGCCAGAAGCUAUGUGUCAAUUUUAACUGUUUUUUUUUUCCAAAACUGAAAGAUUUUAUACACUUUUUGGAAGCCAAAUUUAUAAUAUUGGAAGAGUACCAUUUGUUUAAUUGACCGGGUCCUCCCCAGCUAUUGUUUGCUGGGUUCUUGUAAAGGAUUGUCAAGAGUGCAGGUAGAGUCAAAAUAUUGGAUAAGCAUGGGAUGUUGCAGUUUAGAGUGAAACACUGGACUUGGACUGUCCCAUCACCUUCCAGUGGAUCUGCACAUCUUCAUGGUCUUCUUGGAUUGUUUCGUACAAACUUCCCAUCAAGAAGAAAAAAUGGGAGUGAAGAGGCCUAUUUGAGCCAUACAUAUCCUGCCAUUUUAAAAUAUGCAAAUGAAAAACCAAAAUCAGAUGACAUAAGAAAACUCACAUAUUAAAGAAUAGUAGAUAAAAUAUCAUGCUAGGGGUUUGUUCCUGAAAUCGUGCUAAGUUAAACUUCCAUCAGAAUCCCAGAUUGUCCUUUCAGGCAAAUGCAAAAUUGAUUUUUCAAGUGAUUGAACUGUUGGGUUUCGAGAAAGGACUAACAACUUAGUUCUUUAAACAUUUUGGUAACAGUAGUUUCAAGACUGUGGAUUGUGUUAUCUGGAAAACAGCAUUACAAAGAUGUUGGAUUGUUUUAGUUCUUCAAGUAAAUGGAAGAUAUUAUAGAAAAGUAAAUGUGUUUUCUUAGUAUUUAAGACUGAGACAAUAUAUAUUGAUUAAUUUAUUAAUAUUAAUUUAGAAAAUUGUUGAAUUAAUUUUUUAAAAAUAAUUUUUCUUCUAGAAUGCCUAUUUUACAUCAUGAAGCCCUUUUGAGCACUAACGAUUUAUAUGAGUUGGGUACAAAUUGUUUAUGAGUUUAAAAUCUUUUCUAUCAAUGCAUCAACUCAUACAUUGCUCAGUGCCUUGUUCCUAUGCCUUUGACACACAAGAAGUGGUAUUGUUGGCUGUUGAUUUGAUGUGAUACAACAUCACAAAUGUAAGCUCAUUUUAGAGAAACUGCCAGCUUAACACCAACCACAGAGUUUAACACCAAAAAUGGAUCAUUCAAGUAAGAAUGAUAUGAUGGAGUUAAUAGCUAAGUGAAUAAGUGUGUUUAAUUAUUCCUUUCAACCUAAGGCCCAUGGAUAUGUACACAAACUCUUGUUCUUUCACACUAAAAAAUGCUACACACACACACACAAACACACAUAUAUACGUAUAUGUAUACACCUAUUCGUGUGUAAUAUACCAGUGUAGACUGAGAGAUACAGCCCAUUAUACAGUAUUUGGAUCUCUAGUUUCAGAUUACUUCAGUUUCAAAAGAAUAGUGUUUUUUUUUUUAAUUUAACACUUAGAAGAAAUUUUAUCACCAGGUUUUUUUUAAUCUGAUGUUAUUAAACUUUUGUAGAAUUGACAGUAUUGUAUAGAUGGCAGAUGGAAUUAACUAAUGAUCACUAUUAAACAUUUGUAACUGGGGAGUGUGAAUUUUGUAAACCAUGAGACAGGUACCAUCAUAUUGGCAUUACUGAUUUUGUUACCCACUGGGAAAAUUUUAGGAAAUUUUUCUGUAAUUUGAAAUGAUCUUAUUAUUUAAGGAUGAUUUCACAUGUGGGGGAGGUAUCUUUCUCGCAUUAGAAAAACAAUCUAGUUUACCAUGCAAUAAGUUAUGGAUGCUGUAUCUUUGGUUUGUCAAAUCAAACUCUAUUUUACUAUGAUAUUGUACAUUGUGCACAGUUCAUAUUGCUUCCUUCUUUGGUGCUGAUAAAAAUAGAGCAUGGAAUUGGUUUCUUAAUAUAAGAUUUAAUUUUAUGGCGUAAAAGUAGUUACAGAGCUAGACUGCAAAAUAAAUAAAGCCAAAUUUAACUCACAAAAUUGUCUGCAUACUGCAAUUUGAGACAAACCAAUUCAAGUAUUGGGUUUCUAGAAUGUAUGGAGAAACUACCAGGAAGGGAAAUCAUUUUUAACAUAAGCAGAUAAUUCCAAUGAUUGGUUGAUAUUUUCCUUCUAAAAGAUUAUUGGAAAUUACUUUAUAGUCAUCUUUCAAUUUUCUACCCAGAUGUUUCUCCUUGUUUCACAGACUGUAAAAUGAAAUACAGGUAUGCCUCACUUUCCUGAAAGUUUGCUAACCAAAAUCUAGAGACCAAUAGAUUCAGAUAAACUUGUUUCAUCUCAUUAAAUCCAGUGGAUAUUACAGGAGGGCCAAAUUGAGAGCAUUUGACUACCAAACAUGAGUUAAUGUUUAUCAGCAUGGCAGAUGUUUUAUGGUUAUUAUUUUUUUUUCAGAAAUGUUCUGGGAAGCAUUUGAGGUUUUAUUUGAAAUGAUUUUAAAUGCCAAAGCCAAAAAUGCAUAACUCUUUUCAAGUGUCCUCUCUCAUCCUUGCCUUCAUCAAGUUUUCUUUGCACACUGGAGCAGAAGCCCCUUCCAAACCUUUAUUUUAGAGAUAUUCAUCAAGAAGGGAGUGUGUUGAUUAAUUGAAAUGCUGUCUUAUUUUUGCUUCACCUCAUGACUCCUCCAAACCUUCAAGUUCUUUUAACCAAGCCCUUAAGCAAGCUAUAAAAGAAAAGGAGAAUGAGGAGGUGUGGUGAAGAAGAAGAAAGAAACAAAGAAGGAGAAGAAAUGGGGUGGGAGAAGAAGAGAGUCCUCUCCUUAUGAAUCCUGUGGCUGUUUCUACAGGGAAGGGAGGUGUGUGGUAUUGAGGUUUGGUGUAGUUGUGGGUGGUAAGAGGAAUGUCUCUUUCCAAAUCAUCUGGUGAGGGUGAAAGGAAAAUUAAAGAAAUUUCAAGCUAAAAAUUAUUAUAUGUCAAAGAUAAAACUUUGAUUCCUAAAAUGAUUUUUGUAGUGUCGGGUCCAAUCUAUAGCCUUGGAUCUCUGUUUAUUGACUAUAUUCAGUGGUGAGGAAUUUGUGCUGAUCAUUCAAAAGGUGAAUCUGUUGUUUUGAAAGAAGCUCUCAAGAGCUGUUUUUAAUUGGUAAUAGUUACUAUGUUAUUGAGGAAUUUUAUUAAGGAAGAUAGUAUGGCAAAAAGUACCAUUGUCCAGGCUAAGAUGUUUGCUGCCAUGAAUCACUAUAUUUAUUAUGUUGGUUUUUUUCUAGACAAAUUUUUACUUUUCUACUUUUGUGUAUAAUAAUUCAAGUAUGUCAGUUAUUCCAACCGUAUGUAAAAAUUGAUGAAAAAUGAUUUUAAAAUGCCGUGGUUUAAUGUAUGUGAGAUUCCUGCUUCAUCCCCCCGAAACUGUAUGACUAGGUAUGUCUUUCCCUUGAGUGAUUAUGUGCCAUUUUGUUAAUCUAGAAAAUA